AUGACGUCUGAUGGUCGCCCAGCUUGGCUAAAGGCCGUUCAACCGUUUGCUUUGGGAGGUCUCGCAGGAUGUGUGGCAACUACAAUUAUUCAACCAGUAGACAUGGUCAAAGUCCGUAUCCAACUUGCUGGUGAGGGAGGAGCUGCCGCUGUUCGUGGUCCUUUCGCAAUUGCGGGUGGAAUUAUCAAGAAUGAGGGAUUUUUUUCACUGUACAAGGGGCUUGACGCCGGUCUUAUCCGGCAGAUCACCUACACAACAGCAAGGAUGGGCUUGUUUCGGGUCAUUACUGAUGCAAUGAAGAAACCAGAGGAAUCUGUGCCUUUGCACAAAAAAGCUUUCGCUGGUCUUGCUGCCGGGGGCCUAGCUUCAGUAGUCGGGAAUCCCGCCGAUUUGUCCCUCAUCCGUCUACAAGCAGACGCCACGCUUCCUCCCGAGGCGCGCCGCAAUUACAAGGGAGCGGUCGAUGCAUUGACCCGCAUCGCGAAGGAAGAAGGCAUAUGUGGAUGGUGGCGAGGCUGCACCCCAACAGUCGCUCGCGCAAUGGCGUUAAAUAUGGGGAUGCUUGCGUCUUUCGAUCAAUCGAAAGAGAUGCUAGAGAAGCGGUUUGGUCCUGGAUGGGGAGCAACUUUAACUGCAAGUGCUAUUUCUGGAUGGUUCGCGGUCACGUUCUCAUUACCCUUUGAUUUCAUCAAAACUCGUAUUCAAAAGAUGAAGGCAGAUCCAAUCACGGGGGAAUUGCCGUAUAAGAACAUGGUCGAUUGUGCAUCAAAAACCUUCCGUGCGGGGGGGCCGACGGCAUUUUAUGCGGGCUACCUGACUUACUAUUUCCGUGUUGCUCCACAUGUCAUGAUUACCCUUGUUUUUCUCGACUGUACCAAUAAGGCAGUCGCUCAAUUUUACCGAAAGUGA